UUCCGUGCUUGCUGGUGCUGGCUGCAUUGGCGUAGCGUAGGCGUGCCAUUUCUCUCUUGCAGUUUCAGUACGUUAGCAGGUCAGUUCAGUUCCCAUCGGUAGUUGGCCAAUCAUUCCCAAAUCCCAACUCACAACUUCUUCUUCUUCCCUCUCAAAAAAAAAAACUUCUUCUUCUUCUCCACCGGCCGGCCUCGGGCUUCCCUUAAAAGCCACCUCACUCCGCCAGCACUAGCUUGCUAGCCGCGCUACUGACUAAGCGUCAGAAGGAAGGGAUUCAGAAUUUGUCUGUGGACCGACCAUGGUGAGGAGAGCAGGGCUCCUGCUGAUGGGCGGCGGCGCGGCGAACAACAAGGGGCGGGGGCGGCCGACGACGUCGGCGCGGAAGGUGAUGCGGUCGGCGGUGGCCGCCUUCCUGGACGGCUACCACUGCUUCAGCCCCGUCGCCGCUGCGCUCGCCCUCCCCUUCUCCGCCGCCGUGCUCGCGACCCACGCCGCCGCGCUCUCAAUGUCGUCGUCUUCUUCGUCUCCGGCGUCGGUGGUGCACGCCGCGGUGGCCUCGGCGUUCCGCUUGGCGGGGCUGGCGGCCACAGAUUCGGGGUCGCCGCUGCUGUCGCUGCUGGCGGCCAAGCUCUCGCAGACGCUCUUCGUGUCCGCCGCCACGCUACCCUUCGCGCUCACCUUCCUCCUCCUCGCCCGGGCCUGCGCCGCCGCCAUCCUCCUCCGCCGCCCUCGCGAGCGCCGCCGCCGGACCUUGCCGCCAACGCCAUUGCUGCCGGCCGUGGCGCGAGCCUACGGGGCGCUUCUCCCCACCCAGCUCGCCACGCUUCUCCUUACGGUCGCCGCCCACGCCGCCGCGCUCUCGCUGCUGUCCGCGGCCGUCUCCUUCGCGGGCCUCUUCGGCAACAGCGCGGCCUCUGCCGCGGUCACGGCCGCGGGCGCCAUAGCCUACUGCGUGCUCGUCGCCAUGGCCACCGUCGUCUGCAGCCUGGCCCUCGCCGUGGCCGCCAUGGAAGCGCAAUCGAGUACCGGCGCCAUGGUCGCCGGCCACGCGGCGGUGGCCAGGGCGUGCGUGCUGGUCAGGGGCCGGGUGCGCGCCGCGCUGGCACUGGCGCUGCCGGCCAGGCUCGCCAUGGCGGCCGCGGAGGCGCUGUUCCAGCUCCGCGUCGUCCGGAACGUCGCCACUUCCGCCGGCGGAGCCACGAGGAGCUGGGCCGCGCCGGGAGUCGCCGGCGAGGCGCUGUCCAUCGCCUACAUCCACGCGCUCUGCGUCGUGCUCGACAUCAUCGUCGGCUGCAUGUUCUACACAAGCUGCUGCAAGACAACCGAUGAUGACAACGAUGACCAUAAGCCAAGAGAGCUGGAGCCCGAGGACAAGCCUUGAGAUCAACAUCUGAAGAAAUCUUCAGGGCUGGUUCAGAAUUCAGAAGAAAAAAAGGGGAGGAGAAAAAGCAACAGCAUGUAUAGACAAAAGCACAUAGAUAGAUCAAGAUACGCGGUCAUGAGGCCAUUCAGAUCAAGAUUUUUCAUUUACAUCACUGGCCUACUCCUGCUGCUACGGCUAGUAUAAACACAAGGGGAGAAAUCUAGUCAGAAAUCUGUACAGGCGAACCUAAAUUAGGUGUUGAGUUAGCUUUGUACACUGUCAUGAGCUAUCAAGCGUGGAUGUCCAACAGAAAGUAUCUGCACGAAACAAAAGAACCGAGUAUAUGUUAGGGCAUAAGAUGUCCACAGGGAAGUCGCACAUUUCGCGACAGUCGAGCCUCCUCUGAAGAUCCGCAAGGCUAGCAGAAGCGACGUUUGUUGAGGAAUAAAUGAUGACCAUAUCAAAGUUUCGGGAUGGAUUUCAUUUGAAGGGUGAUCUUGGUGAUCUGUCCGCGCCUCCAUCUUUUGAUUUUACAGGAGUUCUGUCCUGGCUUGCUUCCUUUUCAGCUUCUUUCAGUGCUUUCUUCCUCUCGGCCUCAA